CACGAAAUAACCACCAUCAAACCAUCAGAAUAUCGUCGCACAUGCAAUUAUGCUUGCAUUGUUCGCAUCCAGGCCGUUAUGGAAGGCCAGCCUUUUCAUUUCCCCGUCGACAUGCAUAGGUAGAUGUCGAAGUUCCUUUCCACUGCUGUUCUUUCUUUCCUAUUGUAAACACAACUCACUUCAAAACGUAAGAACAACUUAUACCAAACAGACACUCAUAACCAUCCUAGACAAGACUCAUACAGGGCAAGACACAGGACUACAGACUCCAUGAAAAUGGCUUCGCGCCCGAUCCUUGUAUCACUUUCUCUGUCUUCUCUACUACUCUUAGCAAACGCGCUGCCUCUCGCACCCAAUUCAAUCGGACGAAGAAAUCCUGCUUCCUACUCAGUGGUCGCCGUCGACGGUGGCAGCUCAGCUGGAAGUGGUGCUGCAGCAACUACAAUCACCGAUGCAGUACCAACAACCAUCACCGAUGCAGUGACGCAGACGCAAACCUUAGAAACGACGCAACUAUCAACCAUCGUGGUCACAGAGUCGGAAACCCCUUCCACGAUAGUAGUGACCGUCACGUCUGCGGCACCCACCACAAUAACCGAGAGCGGCGCAGUUUCGACAACGACGGAAGUCAUAACGUCUGAUAUAUAUACACAGGAGAGUGCGCCGUCAACCUCAGCGGUAUCUGUUGCUACGACGUCUGCUACAAAAUAUGGUACAACGUCGGAUACAACAACCACUACAACAUCGGCUGCCACUUCUGCUUCAACGUCCGCGACGACGUCAGCCUCAGUGCUCUCCCAAAGACCGAGCUCUUCAACAGUGCUAUACACAGAGUCCUUUACGACCACAGAGACAUCGAGCCCCGUUACUAUAUCCUACACAGACUCCUACACGACCACAGAGACAUCGAGCCCUGUUACGAUAUCCUACACAGACUCUUACACGGCCACGGAGACACCUUCAGCAACGACCGUGACAGUGAUACAAUCACAACCGUCAAGCACGCCAUACGACGACGGAAUGUGGCAUACAUACUAUUACCAUACCGUGUCUUCGAGUACUGUUGCCUAUGGAUCGGUGCCGUCCUCCAGUUCAGAAAGUGUCUCGAGUGCCACUUCGACUUCCGAGAGCAGCUUGACCCCAUACUGGACUUCUACAAGCGGCUGGUCUACCUCAGCAACUGCUGAAAGCUCAUGGACUUCAUCUUUCGUUCAGAGUGCUGAGAGCACGUGGGUUCCUUCUACUUCUUCGACCACUGAAAGCACGUGGGUGCCUUCUUCUUCAUCGACCACAGAAAGCAUAUGGGCGCCUUCUACAGUGUCGACUGCUGAGAGCACAUGGGUCCCAUCCUCCACCACGGAAAGCACAUGGGUUCCAUCGUCCACCACGGAAAGCACAUGGGUUCCAUCGUCCACCACGGAAAGCACAUGGGUUCCAUCCUCAACCUCAGAGAGCACAUCGACUUCAUCGUCUGCUUCCGAGAGCUUAUACAGCCCUUACCAAACUCUUUCGACGAGCACAAGCGCUCUCGCACCAGCCAGUACCACCAUUGAUGCCUCCGAGCUUGCCAAUUCUUUGUCUUCUGCAGCGGCAUUGUUCAGCACACUGACUCCCACUGGGACGCUCGGUUUCUUCGGUACCCCGACAGGCACCUGAUCGAUCUCACAAUUGUGAGACUUGACUCUUUCUUCCAUUAUGUUUCCCUCUGCUCAAAGGCAUUUACGGGUAAAUGGUGUAUCAACAGACGAUUACAUGUACAGCGGACCUCAGGGUUACAAAACGAAUUGCACGACAUUUUGACAUUUAUAGCAUGGCGCCGGCGGAAACUUAUGAAAGGCCUGAAUUGAACCAUAAAUAGAUAUAUACCUGUUGUUCUAGGUAGAAUUGUACAUGUCCAUGUCCAUGAGAAGACAACUUCACAACAACACUUUGUUCUGGUCAAGCACUGUAAAAUCGUUGUAUUGAUAAGGUGCGAACAGCUCCAGGGAACGGAGUACAUCUCUUACCCAUCCC